GUAGUCUGUCGGGGCGGCAGUGACGGGGGGGCUUCGCUUUAUGCCGUCGCCUCAUCAUCUGUAAGGGGAAACAAUAAACAGCGUCUGAUGAAAGCAAGUGUCUGUUUUGGUGGGGGGGAACUGCCAUCCGAAACCGACCGGCUCUGUCUGCGUGAAAUAGGGAAUGAACGACGAGACAGCAUCGGACAGCUGGAAGAGAAACUCCGGGUGCUCCAGUAUUGAGCAAAUGCUGGCUGUGAAUCCCGGAAAGACGCCCAUCAGUCUGCUGCAGGAGUAUGGAACGCGGAUAGGCAAGACCCCAGUGUAUGACCUGCUGAAGGCCGAGGGACAGGCCCACCAGCCCAACUUCACGUUCCGCGUCUCCGUCGGAGAGAUCAGCUGCACCGGCCAGGGGCCCAGCAAGAAGGCAGCCAAGCACAAAGCAGCUGAGGCUGCUCUGAAGAUGCUAAAGGGAGGCCUCGGAGGUCCUGCCGGAGUUGGUAUUGGAGUAGACGGGUUUAUUGGGGUUGAUGUGUCUACUGAUGCAGAUGGUGCCCAGUCAGAGAUGAAGACCACAGGCACUUCACAGCAGUCUGAAUGCAACCCUGUAGGGGCUCUGCAGGAGCUGGUGGUGCAGAAAGGAUGGCGUUUGCCAGAGUACACAGUCACUCAAGAGUCUGGUCCAGCACAUCGCAAAGAGUUCACCAUGACCUGCAGAGUGGAGAGAUUUGUAGAAAUCGGAAGCGGUACAUCUAAGAAGCUAGCCAAGAGAAACGCAGCAGCUAAGAUGUUGUCACGCAUACAUGAUGUCCCCGUAGAUAUGAGGACCAGCAAUGAUGCUGAUGCAGAAGAUGAUACAUUUACUAUGAACAUGGGCAGCAGAGCGGAGUCGGGUAAAAGUAAAGGCUUCAGCUGCACGUGGGAUUCUCUGCGCAACUCUGCCGGUGAGAAGAUCCUCCAACUCCGCAGCCACCCUCUGGGCAUGCCCUCUGAUUCCAACUUCUGCUCUUUGCUCAGUGAACUGUCUCUGGAGCAGCGCUUUGAUGUCAGCUACCUGGACCUAGAGGAGCGCAGUCUCAGCGGCCUGUGUCAGUGUCUAGUGGAGCUCUCCACGCAGCCAAUCACCGUGUGUCACGGCUUCGCCCCAAACACAGACGGUGCCCGAGCCAACGCAGCCCACAAUGCACUGCAGUACCUCAAAAUCAUGGCAGGAGGGAAAUGACGAGCGUGUCAGCCCCCCCUCCCCCUCCCUCACAGACUUGAACUCACCACUACAAAAUGCCAUCAUAAAUUUCUACUUUGGAUGACGGAGGCACUUUUGUGAUGAACUCAAAUAACAUGAAUUACCUCAAAUUUAGAAAUGAAGACUCUUUAUGCCCCAAGAUUUUUUUAAAAGUCCUAUUGAUGAUGCCAAUGAAGAUUUAGUUGCCCCCCAAAAAAUCACUUGACAUUUACAAUAUUUAUCACUAAUUAUGUAUUUUUACUUUUUUUAUAUCACCCUAUUUGUUUUCAUCUGAAUUUAUAAAUGGUGCUAUCGUGGUAAACUCAACGUUGCAAAUAACUCGAGAUAAAAUUCUGAUGCCAUGAAAUGACCAGGGCGUGAAAGGGGUCUGAAGAAAAUGGAGUGGAGUCAUCCGUUCACUGCUGCUUUGUUAAAUCCCGGUUUUCAUGCACGGACCUAAAAAGAGCCCAGACUUGAAGACAAAUUAAGAAAAAGAGACUGCUGAGUUAUUGUCAUAGGACAAUCAUCUUGAAGAUUGACCAUUUUACACACAAGUGUUGAAAAAUGUUGGUUUUAGUAUGAAAAUAGUCCCCCUGUUGUGCUCAUUUACAUGCUUGUUCUUUGUUUGGGUCUGUUAGAGUAGGUUUAUAUGAUUUAAUGUUUAAUAAACACAUUAUUUGUGGCUACA